UAUUGGAUCGUAUCCGGAUUGAGCGUUAAUCCCCAUGGCCGCGGCUCUCAGUUCACCGGAAGAAGCCGUGUUGGCCCGCACAGUAGAUGCCUCACAGGUCAAUGAGGUGGAACGCGCCUUGGCCACGUGGGACUUGGAGCGUGUGUUCGAAAUACAGCGUUGCGCCGAUUGGAUUCGAGACCGCCAACUAACCCGCGUAACCCUUCAAUUUCCCGAUGGGCUCCUGAAAUGGGCCCCUUCGGUAGCCAACCGCUUGGAAUCGCUGGUCGGACACCGGCUGGCCAUCUUGGGUGAUACGUCCUUCGGGGAUUGUUGCGUGGAUGAGGUGGCGGCCCAGCAUUUGAACGCGGAUGGCGUGAUCCACUUUGGUGACACGUGUCUGACACCCACCCAACGCCUGCCCGUUCUGUUUGUGUUCACGCGCUGGCCUUUCAAUCGCGGCGCCUUCUUCCUGGCCGCCAUGAACGUGGAUGCGCCGCGAGUCUUUCUCUUUUUUGACGUCCGUUAUGCUCACGCCUUUCCCCCCGAAGAUGAGGCCACGCCCCUGGGACCGGUCAUCACCUGUCAGCCCGUCCAACCCGACAUUGACAACCCGCAUAUUCUGUGUGGACGACGGUGUCCCAUUCGACCCGGCUCCAACGACACCAUUUUAUACUGCGGGCGGGAUCUCAAGUAUAUCCAGCUUUUGAGCUUGACCUUCAACCCGUGUCAGUUAUUGCAGUUCGAUCCGGAAGCGGAGACGCUCCAAUCUCCCGUCAGCAGUAUGAAACGUGAACUCAUGCAACGUUUCUAUUUGAUCGAACGGGCCAAGGACGCCCAACGGAUUGGAAUUCUAGUGGGGACCCUAGGUGUAUCGCGUUAUCGGGACAUUAUUGAACGCGUGAAUCGGGCCAUCCAAAGCUCGGGCAAACGAUCGUACACGUUUCUAGUGGGUAAACCCAACGUGGCCAAGCUGGCCAACUUUCCGGAAAUCGACCUAUUUGUGCUGAUCGCGUGCCCGGCCAAUUCCAUCGUUCAUUCGAAAGAGUACAUGCAGCCAGUGAUCACGCCCUUUGAGCUCGAUGUGGCGCUCAAUCAAGAUCGAGCUUGGACGGGCCAGUUUCUGGCCAAUUUUCAAGAUAUUUUGCCCGGACAAACGGAACACAUUGAUUUCCAACCCAACUCCGAGGCCGACCCGGACAUCUCACUCAUAUCCGGGCGUCUCCGACCCAUGUCCAUGGCAGCCUCACCAGCCCUCGAGGACCAAGCCUCACACGCCCUCAUGGCACAAGAAACGCGCUUGUCUAACAUCAACGACCAAGGGGGCGGUUCAUUCCUGCAGAGCAAAUCCUGGCAAGGAUUGGAGCAGAAAUUGGGCCAAACAGAAGUAGCCAUGGCUGUACCGGGUGCCAGUGGGAUAGCGGCAGGUUAUGCGGGUGAGGGGGUAGUAGGUGGGGGUCCACAGGAAGCUCAGCUGUAGUGGAUCAAUUUUCAAAUAAAACUACUAAGAUAUGUUAAAGAGAAAGAAAAGUCGCGUUUCAGUUCUCGUAGUACUAAGAAUGAAUGUUAUACUGUGUGUGUGUGUGUAUGUGUGUGAAUAAGUCCGCACGCCUCCGAGGGACAAGAUCAAAACAGCUACCCGAGCAUGUGGAGGCGUGUCUCGACCAGGCCUGAACGCACGCUCGGUCGAACAUCGAUUCGAUCCGGCUCUAGCCCU